AAGCAAAAAGCGACAACACAGGACAGCAGAGAGAAGCACCUCAUCUUCCUGUCGGCAAACCUCCUCUCCUAUGCAGAGUGUCUGUGAUGUCCAAAUUCGCAGAGAUUUCAGUUCAACGCAGUCAAGACAAAUUCAACCUCAUGCGGCCUCACUGGCAGGCACGGUUCUGUUCCCGCAGAGCACUUAGUAGCUCAGUCUGAAAGCUAAAAGGCACGAACCAGCGUCGAGUCGAUUGCAAUGGACAACCUCAUAGACUUUGAUCUGCCAUCUGAGGCGCGAGACAAUCUUCAGGGCCAUUCAGACGUCCUCUCCCCACAGCACCUGUCCUCCUCAUUAUCUGAGCCAAUUACACCCACCAAGACCAGUUCACAUCACCAUCAUGACGACGAAGAAGAAAACGAAAGUGAUGCAACAGGUUCUGCCGACAGUGAGAAUGACAUGGAUCCCCCGUCCACUACGUGGGAACUGAGGCGGUCGUCAUCCUCAUCUGUUCACAGUAGCGAGGACGCCGAUGCCGAGGCCUUAGAGAGAAGGGAGUUUAUGAAGAUUUAUGUGGAGAAAGUGUUUCAUGGAAGGCAGGACUUGGAUCAAGAGGAGAAAGCUCGUUUUGGAGAGCUGUGCACCGGCGAGAAUGGCAAAGGCAGGGAAUGGUUUGCGAAAUACGUCAGUGCACAGCGCUGCCACUCUAAAUGUGUGGCCGAAGCUACUUUCUAUCGACUGGUGCAGUCAUUUGCAGUCGUGCUAUUUGAAUGUUAUCAAGUGGAUGACUACAGCCCCGCCAAAAACCUCAUGACUAUGUGCUUUACAUUCUACUAUGUUGGAAAGUCUCAGCUGUCUCCCGCAGAACUGUUUGAUCGAGGUGGUCCUCCAGCUGGUCUGGACUCAUAUUUAAACAAAGCCAACUCCUGGCUCUCUGAUAAGAAGGACGCUGCGGAGCGGCUCCUGAAGAACUCAUCGAAGACUGAUGUCAAAAGCUUUUUUGGAGGCUUAGAAAGUAAACUGAGAAGCUCAGUCGCUCCAAAGACAGAGGAUGGUGAAAAUCCAGUAGAGCCAAAACCCAAAUCAACAGUUUCAGAGGCUCCAGAGGAAAAGAAGGGAGAAAAAAUUUACUUGUACACCCAUCUGAAGCAGCAACCCAUCUGGCACACGUUGCGAUUUUGGAAUGCUGCAUUCUUUGACGCAGUUCAUUGCGAGAGGAAGAAGAGGUCGCCAACAACAAGGGGAGCGCAAGAUGGGGAUAAAGAUGAGAGGGAGAAGUGGUAUCACAUGACCCAGGAGGAAAGAGACGACACCUCCAAAAUGGACGAGAACAUUGCCUUUGGCCAACUCGGGACAUUUACUCACAACAUGCUGGCAUUUGGGCUCAGUAAAAAACUGUGCAAUGAUUUUCUGAAAAAGCAGGCUGUCAUCGGAAACCUGAAUAAAGAGCAGUACAAGUUGCUAAGUGACCAUAUUGAGAAAAUGGCUACAGAGUGAGUGUCCGGACGACAUGCUGAAUUUCAAAGCCUCCAGUCUUCGCGUCGCAUGAACCUCGCCUAAUCAAUGUCAAGUGGAAUGGCAAAACACAUGACUGUAUCAUAGCUGUAGCAAAGCCUACCCGUCCAGUUUGGGUGUGCUCUUCUAAGCACAUCCUCCAUCAGCAAUAAUAAAUCAAUAUUGGCAGCAAAGCAAAUAUUUGUGAAACCUGUAAGUUCUAUCUGCCUCUGUGUUGCAACUGUGCCGCUCUCCAUAGGUGGUGUAUACAGUCCAAUAAUUUCUUGUAACUGGUUUCACCUGCUAGUAACUAUGACUGAGUAUCUUUUUCCUCUCAUGAGAGCGCAUACUACUGUACUUCGUCAGAAACCGCUUUUACAAAAAAAAAAGGAGUAGAUCCAAGUGUCUGUGUAGCAUUUACAAUAACGCAAAGAUUGUUCCGGAAAAAAAAUCCCUUUCACUCCAUAUCUGUCUCCAUUAAAAUAGCAUUUCGCUGAUCGUUGAUGACUGAAAAUGACAUCAAAGUUGCAUGGGGGCUCAGGUCAUGGCCAAUCACAGAUCACCUGUUUUCUGACUUUGGUCAUGUGAUGUCCGCAAGCUGUGCCGUGAGCCCUGAGCAACUGGGUUGUCAUUUUCAGUCGACAGCAAGUACUAAAAUGGCUGCCCCCUGAAACGGAUUAAAAUGGGUGGCUUUUGCUCUUUAAUUCAUGUUCUACAAACACAAUAUUAACCCUUUCAUGCAACAACAAUGAUAGCCUAUAACCUGUUAAGCCGUCCACUGUAGUCACCGCUGUCCCUGAAAGCUUUAAUCAGAAAGCCCUGUUUCAACUUGCUUUGAACAUAUCACUGUCAAGACAGUAUUAGCCUUCCCUUUGUAUUAAAUUACCGGUAGAUACCGUAUAUGGAUCCAUUGCCAUGAGACUGUCACCUAUCUUGGAGCAUAAAGACUCUUCAAAUCCAUCGUCCAGUUUGUUACACAAUGUCCGACUGCAUGUGUGCCACAUCAGUGACAUCUGAGCGUUAUGACAAUUAGCUUUCAGUUACUUGCCGAAUAAAACUCCACUGUCAUUGUAGAUGAUCGUUAUGUUGAAGGAGUUUUAGGGUUACACCUAUAUUUGUUUUCAACAUAAUCGUAUUACUUCAUAAAUAUACAGGUCAUGAGUGGAAUUGACACAAGCGAAUAUGUUUAGAAUUGAUUAUUCGAGUGAUUAUUCCAUCAAUUAAUCGGAUGAAAUUUUAUUUUGCAUGAAAGUGUAUUGCAAGACCAAGAAGUGAUUGAUAAUAAAUUGUUUGUUUUUUUAAAUAUUGUUUAGUGAUUGUAAAAAAAAACAACAAAGAACACUUAAAUAUCAGACGAGAAGUAUUGAUAUACUAGCCAGCCUUUUUGAAAGUGAGUCACUGACUGGUUUGGUCAUUGUUUGCAAAUGUCUUUAUUUUGAUUAAACAGCAAAGCUGAUUGGUCCGCUUUAAUGAGGGGCUGGAGAAAUCUGUGAAUAUUUACUAUUGAGAGGCUGAAAUCUGAAGAUUUGGACAGUUUUAAGUGAAACAAUAGCCCGAAUCGAUAAAUUGAUUAUCAAAAUAGUUGAUUUGAUGAUUGAUUAGUUGUCGAUUAAACAUGAAUUUUGACGGCCCAAGUCUUGAGAGAAAGAUCAGGGCUGCCGGUGUCAGUGUAGGUUUGUGAUGAUGCGGUGUCUUCGCACGACUAUAUUCUUGUAAGAUUACAACAUUUUUUCCUGAAAAUGCUUUUGAAAGUCUUUAUGCUAUAAAAAACCAACAGUCUCAGAAAAUAGUGAUUUAAAAUAAAUGAUGUCGUCUAAUUCUGCAAUUCUAUCACCAAAAAUGAUCACUUAAAAGAUUUCCUCAUCUACUUAAUUGAAUAUUUCUUACCUUAAAUUGGACAAACAAGUCUCGCUCAGGAUUGGUUUAGGAAGAGCAACUGAUGGCAUAAUUCUUCACUGGAAGCGCAAUUUUAAAUGCUUGUUUCAUUUGAGUGUUGCAAAUCUUUUAAUGCAGUUAGAAGGAAGUCAUUCAGCGAAUUAGCAAGUCCUACAGUAUGCUCUGUGAAGUAUUUCUCUAUAUUUGUAGAUGUAUAAACAAUAUAUGUACUGAUGAUCCAUUAAUGUCGAUGAACCUGUUGUGUACUGAAAACAACCCAAAUCUGUUAUACAUCCUCAUUUCAAACGAUUGUGUAUUCAUGAAUAAACCUGUCUUUUACGAGAUGUUGCACAUCCCCUUCGGAAUAUCCGUCAGCUUAUUUGCCAAAUUGCACUAUUUUAUAUGAUUUUUCAACUGUCACUUACUGUGCUCCAAUGUUGGCCACUUUAAGGCUCAAAUAUCGGUUAGGUAACCUGUUGUUCAUUUGUGUUUGUUUUUUCCUGGUGUGAGGUUGACCGCACCAUCUGGCAGCUUUAGGAUUUUUUUUUAACAACACCUAUUUUGCUGUUGUACACAAAAUGCAUGUUGAUAUCUUGUAUGAAACAUUUAUCUGUAUACCGUAGUCUGUCUGUACAGAAAAUAAUACUCUGUCUUUACUUUUGAUACCUGCUUCAGGUAUCCAGCCAGUUCCCCCCUGGAUAAUAAUGCCUUUGUUCGACUCAUAGCAGUGCACCGACAUUCAUCACUCGUGGAUUGUGAAUAAAGGAAGCAUGUGCAGGGGUGAUUGUAAUGUAGCACCGCUUAAUAUUUUGCGGUCAGAGAAAUAAUUCAGAUAUCAAAGCAAGUACGCUCAUAGCAAAGAACGCACGGUUAAUAUGGCAAUUGACUGACAGUUGCGGCUCUCUGAAAUAUGUGAAUAUUGUUUGCUGAGUAUUUAUUUUAAAUGCAUGGAGAAGUCAAUGUUAAAUCAAGAUGCUGUAAUAAAUGUAUUUUUCUGGUGA